AAUAAAUAAAAUUGUAUUUAAUCAUAAACACAUUAACAGCUGAUCUACAAGUUAUAUAAAAUUUUUUAAAUUGAAAAUAGUGGCAGACAUGGAGACACAGGUGCCAGUUGGUCACCAACACAGCGUGCAGCUUAAUAUUGGUGACUUUGUUGCGUGCCAUGAUGUGCAACGGGCUGGGUAUUAUCAGAUACCGGUGCCAGGUAACAUACCGCACAUUAAUUACCAGCGCAAGAUUGAGUCUUUGAGGGCUGAAGUAAACGAUUUAAUGGCCGACCCGGAGGUAAUGGCAUCGCAUGGCACGGAUAUCACUAACAUUUCUAAGAAACUCGAUUACCUUGGUGAAACACAACAAUUUUUGAGUGAGCAAGCUGAUGUGAUAGAAUCCAUUGACGCAAAUGUGGAGACGGCUACCAUACAGGUGCGCGAAGGAACGGCACAACUGGCCGCAGCACGUGAUUAUAUGAUCCAGGCCAGACGUAAAAAACUUAUUAUUUGCUCCAUUAUCACUAUCAUUGAUCAAAGAAAUAAGAUUGAGUUCUUGAGGGCUGAAGUAAACGAUUUAAUGGCGAACCCGGAGAUAAUGGGAGCUAAUGGUGCGGAGAUUAUAGCUAUGUCUAAAAAACUGGAUUACCUAGCUAUAGUACAGAGCGAUAUAAAUAGGAUUUUGGGUGAACAAGCACAGUUUGUGGACAGAAUUAAAGGCAAGAUGUAUGCCUCCAUGCUUGAGGGUCAUGAUAAGGGACAAUUGAACAAGGAACUAAACCAGAAGAUUGAGGUCUUGAGGGCUGAAGUGAACCAAUUGAUGUCAAACCUGGAGAUUAUGACAGCUAAUGGCCGGGACGUGCAGGUUAUGCAUAAACAGCUCGAUAACCUGGCUAUGAGAGACUCGGUGUCACACACACGCACCCGGGUAUGGCACAACUGGCCAAAGCACGUGAUUAUCGUAUCCAAGCCCGACAUAAACGUAUUAUAUUUUGCUUAA